GGCGGCACUUUGUGAGGUUAAUGGGAAAUGUCCUUUGUCGGGUUCAAUGGCAAGUCCUAAAACCUAUACACCUUCUAAGGGUAUACGGGGCGCAUUCGGGGAGGCCAUCGGUGAACGAUUUCCCCGAUCGGGAACACCGCCGCCGUCCCCGCGGUAUCCCGAAUCGGGGCUGGAAAUGGGUGGGGGUUUACCGCUUGGAAAUGCACGAUGUUCGAGAUUUGACCGUUUACAAACGGUCGAAAUUUAAAAAAAAAAAAAAAAUCAAUUUUUUUUUUAAAACAAUAUAUAUACUAACCAAUCUUAAUCCAUUUUUUACCACAUUCACAACAAACCAACACCAAAACUCUAAAACUUUUAUAUCUUUUAAACACAAAAUGGAUUCCAAGUUCCCGUUUCUUUCUCCCAUACCCGACUUUCCCGACGAUGACGAUACCGGGUCAAGCGAUAGUAGCUUAGUUUUCUUCCAAAAUCUCAUCCAACAAGCGGAGCUACUAGACACGGCAUCGUCUAGUAAAAAAAAAUAUGUCCGUCGGGAUCGUGUGGGGGGCCACGAGACACUCAUGGCCGAUUAUUUCGAUGAAAAUCCAAAAUUUAGUGAAGAUACUUUUCGUCACAGGUUUCGUAUGUCCAAGUCGUUGUUCCUAAAAAUUGUUAGUGACGUGCAAGCGUAUGACGAGUGGUUUCAAGAAGGCUUAGACGGGAGAAUGAAGAAAAGCUUUACACCGUUGCAAAAGGUUACUUCGGCAAUUAAACAACUUGCAACCGGUAACCCACCAGACGAGGGGGACGAGUAUUUAAAUAUGUCUGAAAGGACCUCUCGUGAGUGCCUUGAAUAUUUCUGCGAGACGGUUUGUAAAAGGUAUGGCGGUGAAUUCCUACGUAGACCAACGAGCCACGACAUCGCGCUAUUGUAUCAGGCUCAUGAGGAUAGGCAUCACCUACCUGGCAUGUUAGGGAGUCUCGAUUGUACACACUUUGUCUGGAGAAUGUGCCCCACAGAAUUGCGUGGACAAUACAUGAGAGGCGAUCAUCAAUACCCGACGGUUAUGUUAGAAGCGGUAGCGUCUCAAGAUUUGUGGAUUUGGCAUGCUUUUUGUGGGCCAGCGGGUUCACAAAACGAUAUCAACGUGCUGCAACAAUCUCCGUUAUUUCUUGCUCAACGAAAUGGAACGGCGCCAAAUUGUCCAUUUCAAGUGAACAACCAUUUAUACAAACGCGGGUAUUAUCUUACUGAUGGGAUCUACCCUACUUGGUCCGUGUUUGUGAAGUCUUUUCCAUAUCCACACGACCCGAACGAAAAAAAAUUCAAGAGGCAACACGAGGCCGCAAGAAAAGAUGUGGAACGGGCGUUUGGUGUGUUAAAGUCGAAGUGGGGAAUACUAAAUCGUCCAAUGCGUUCGAAAACGGUGAAAAAAAUAAGGUCCAUCGUGUAUACGUGCCUUAUUUUACACAACAUGAUUAUAAAAGACGACGGAAGGGCGAUAGCACCGGUUCAUAUUCAAGAUCCUCCAGUCGAACCCGUCUUCGAUGAUACAGCCUAUACGGAGCUCAUUGACGAAGACACGCAUUAGAGGCUAAAACACGAUCUCGUUGAGCAUCUCGGAAGUUUAGAUUUGCCUCACCUUGAAGUUGAUUCGGACGAGGAGUAGUUUGUUUUUAUAUUUUUUUAGGUUGAAUGUAUCUUUUUUUCUAGUUCGAAUGUUUUUUUUUUUAAUUUAAUGAAAUGUCUUUUAUUUAAUUUUUAUUUUUACUAAUCUUUUUUUAAUUUAUAAAACAUGCAUUAUUUUAGAGAAUAAAAAAAAAAAAAAAAAAAAAAACAACUCACCUAAUAGGUGAGUGCCGCCAUCAAAACAAGGUAUUAGGGGAGUGUAUUAGGUGAGUUGACGUGGCACCAUGUGAUUGGCUAUGUGUAAGAUGGGGGACUCACCUAUUAGGUGAGCACCCCUUA